UGAUUGAAAUUAUAGCCAGAAUUAUGUGGAGGUUAAAAUAUUGAAUUAUUGUAAAAAAAAUGAUAUAUGGCUAAUACUUAAUAAUAAAUGUAAAUUAAAUGAACAAUUAUUAACGUGCUUAAAAUUCGAGCGUGUUGCAUCAUCGCAAGAAUUAGUAAUUACGACUAUUGCAGUUACAAAGAAGACAACCAAAUUACUCACCGAUACAGUUUGUAGUUAUUUACAUACUAAAAUAAAUACAAUACCAUAUCCAUUAUCUUAUUAAUACUCAAUAGACUUGUUGUAAGACGUACAAUAAUUUGUAUCAAGAUGAUGCGCUAUGAUGAAGGUGAACUCACAGACCAUAGGCCGUGUGCAGGCAUUAGAGCGGAUCUCAAAAUGUGUUUGUUGGAAUCAGACUGUUGUAAAAUAGAAAGAAAGUUGCCCAAAGACUGCUUGAAAGAAAAAAAAUGUCCACCAGAAUGUUUGGCAUUACAAAAUACAUUUUUUGAAUGCAAGAGAUCACUUUUGGACAACAGACAGCGAUUCAGAGGAAGAAAAGGCUACUAACAAUGUAUAUGAUAUAUAAAUUUCAAGAGGUGAAGACUUUCUCUGAUAUUUAUAUAUAUUGUAGUUAUUUUCAUUUCAGUUGUUAAAAAUAAAGUUAUUCAAAAUUA